AUGCUGCGAGAAGAAGAUAAAGAAACAAGGAAGAAGAAGAAGAAGAAAGUUUUCACGUUAUUGCUCGUCGUGGACGAUGAAAACGAGCGAGUACUGCUUGGAGAGAAGAAAACUGGGUUUGGAAAAGGGUUUUGGAACGGAUUCGGUGGUAAAGUUGAAGAGUCAGACCCAACCGUUCUCGCGGCGGCGUUGAGAGAGCUUGAAGAGGAAGCUUGCAUACAGGCUCUGGACGCGAAAGAAGUUGGUCGCAUAACUUUCAUUUGGAUCGAUGAGCCUGAAAAACCACCGUGGCUGGUUCACAUCUUUAGAGCAGACACGUAUAGCGGCCAAGAAAGAGAGACGGAAGAAAUGCGUCCGCAAUGGUUCCCUUUCGAUGCCAUACCUUUUCAACAAAUGUGGGCGGACGAUCAACACUGGUAUCCACUGGUGUUGAAUCGACAAAAGCGGAAGAACUUCGAAGGCACUUUCAACUUUAAAGAGGUUACAACGCUCGUCGAUUUUGAGUUGAAGGAAGUUCAAUCGUUAUCCAUGCAAUAA